GAAAACGACAAGCGAAGAGGGGGCGGGCCAUAUGCUCUGCGUGGGACAUCUCGCUCGUCCGUCGCUGACAAAUCCUUCCUCUCUAGUAGCCGUUGGAACUUGGAACCCCACACAUAUCAUACUGGAAGAGCACGCCUCCCCUGAUUAACCAAAAUCAAAUCAAUCCGAUCCCCAUUUGAUUCUCCACCCCCCAUCAGAUCGAUCGAUCCAGGAGGAGGAGGAUGCGCGGGCUCAGAUCAAGGAUCCUCCGCACCUUGCAAUCCUUCCCCGAUGCUCCUGGGUUGCUCCUCCUCCCCGCCCCCGACGCGCCGCCCCGCGCCGCCGUCUCCGGUGGGGAGGACGUGGGGGAGAAUAAGGAGAAUGCCUCGCCGGAGGUGGCCCCGCCGAGGGCCAAGAGGAUGCGGGUGAGCACGGGGGGCGAGGCCGCGGCGGCGGGGUACCGCCGCCCGGACCCGGCCACGGCCACGCUCUUCGACCCGGACCUCCUCGCCGCCUUCCGCGGCGCCGUCGACGCCUACGCCCGCGCGCUCGACGAGGCCAGCCGCCGCGACGACGACCUCUUGUUGGAGCUGGAGGCGGAGGCGGGGGAGGGGGAGGGUUGCGUCGGCGAGGACCCCCUGGCGGGGUUCGAGGCCCGGUGCCCGCCGGGCGGCGACCGCGCCGUGGUGCUCUACACCACGUCGCUCCGCGGCGUGCGCAAGACCUUCGAGGACUGCGCCACCGUGCGCCGCCUGCUCGAGGGCCUCCGUGUCGCCUUCCUCGAGCGCGAUGUCUCCAUGCACGCGCCCUACCGGGACGAGCUCCGCGCCCUGCUCCUGGGCCUGGACGCCGCGCCCGUGCCGCCGCGGCUGUUCGUCGACGGCCGGUACGUCGGCGGCGCCGACGAGGUGGUCGCGCUGCACGAGCAGGCGCGCCUCCGCCCGGCGCUCCGCCGCGCGCCCCGCCGCGGCGCGGGCGAGGCCGCGUGCGCCGUCUGCGGCGGCGCGUGGUUCGUCGUCUGCGGCGCGUGCAGCGGCAGUCAUAGGCUCUAUGACGCCGCCGCCGCCGCCGGCGCAAGCGGCGGCCGCGUGCCGUGCACCGGAUGCAACGAGAACGGCCUCGUGCCAUGCCCUCUCUGCAGCUGAGAUGAGCCCAUUCUUGCAAACACUGGAUGUAAAAUCUCCAAUUUUUUUGUGAUGUAAAAUCUCCGAACAAAUUCUUUGAUUGUUUAUGUAAUUUAUCAUGUGUAAUCUAAUCUAUCUCCAUGAACCAACCAAAUUAAGCAUCAAAGCUGAGGCUCCAUA